GGAGCCUGCACAAUCAUAGACGCUCAUUCACUUCAACGGUAUCAGUUCUCAGCUCUCACGAGCUCUCAGUAAUUCACCUAGUCUCUCCGUAAGCUCUUUUCCGUAUAACUGACCGGCUCCUUAUCACCAUAUUCUGCACAGCAGGCUCAUCAAUUAUUUUUACUGAUUUGCUGAUUUGAGAUUCAGUCAUGUCUCGCCUGGGUGGCGGUUCUCUGUUGCUGGCCUGGCAACUGACAGGAAAACAUGUGCUCAUCGUUGGCGGUGGUGACGUCGCUUCUGGUCGUAUCGAAUCUGUGCUAGCCGCUGACGCUCGCGUGACACUUAUCAGUCCAAGCAGCGGACUGCACAUUCUUACCAAGUCUUUCCUCAAUGGACCUUACAACAUCACGUACCAUGAUCGCCUUUUCGGAGGUGUAGAAGACUUGGCUGGCGUUGAUCUUGUAUUAACGGCAAUUGAUGAUGUGGCGCAGUCUCGUGUCAUUUGUGGCCUAUGCAGGGAGCUCAAGAUUCCUGUUAACGUGGCUGAUAUCCCGGAGUCAUGCGACUUUUAUUUUGGCUCUCAAAUCCGUGACGGCCCCCUUCAAAUUAUGAUCUCGACAAACGGAAAUAGCCCUAAACUGGCUAAUAUCAUACGGAAGAAGGUUGAGCAAAGCCUUCCAGAGCACGCCGGAGAUGCAAUCACCAGGGUGGGUGAGCUGAGAGUCAAGUUGAAGGAGAGAGCCCCUGGGGUGGGCGGUGCAAUUGGGAAGAGACGGAUGCGGUGGAUGAUUGAUGUCUGCACUUCUUGGGAAAUGGAGGAGCUUGCUCUAUUGGACGAUCAGAUGAUAAGGAGGCUUCUCGAUGACGGUUGGGAGAAGAAUGCAGUUCCAUCUCCUGGCGAGCUGGGAGCUAGGUCAUCCCGUCAGGCGUAUGGUGCUAAACAGAACCUCACGGCUCCUGGCGUUUUUGUUACGACGUUGAGCUUUGUCGCGGGCGCUGCUUGUGCAGGUCUUUUCUUGCUCGCCCGACGACGGUAAAGCUCGCAUAUGCUGCCUCGCCCAGCUCCGAUGCAUGCGCUGAUAUAUUUUACUCUUGUCGCGAGUUACUUGGUUUAUUCCUGUUGGUAUAUGAUGACAAGUUCACUGUGAUGAAGCACGCCAUUUCUGGGCCGGAUCUAUUUGCGAUCGCCUCUCCACGACAGUAGACAGCAAUAGACAUUACCCCCGUAAGUUGCUGGUCGUUCCGCGGAAC